ACGUUUCCUGUGUUUGGGACCCCCCUGGCUGUGCGAGUUGCAGCUACCCUGGUAGUAGCCGUGGCUCGGUGUGUGAGGCGAGAUACCACUACAACAAACUCGCUCAGAGGGAAUAGGUUAGUCUACAUCUGGAUACUGCGCAAGGGACAGAGAUUGAAGCCUCGUUUCAUUGGACUCAGUCUGAUUGCAUUGGUUUGUUUAGAAACGGAAAGCAAUGCUCGCUUGAUUGGAAAAGCUGUUGAUUCAGAGUAGGGACCCGAGGAGAAAGUCGAAGGAGCGAUGAAUGGACAUUAUUGAAACCACUGAGAGUCAUCUGAAGGACUGAUCACUUUGAGUUGUUUCCUGUCUUGUUUUGUAUGGACAAAGCCUUACACUUGCUCCAGGUGUCUCCCCAGGGCCUACCUUGGCAGCUAGUUGACUGGACGGCCCUUUCACCAUGGCUGUGUCACGGCUGGAGGCCGUGUCCCUGUCUAUGCCUGGUCUUCUCCUUUUCCUGAGCAUUCAUCUCGCUGCCUCCCAGCAUCCCCUUCCAUCUCCCGACGAGGAGUGUUCCAGGAGAGUCCACCCCGUCGUCUCCUACCAGGCGUUGAGGCCCUGGGUUUCUAGUUUCAGUUUUGCAGGAGUUCAGGACUACUCCCAACUAGCACUGGACAUCAAUAGAAAUCAACUGAUAGUAGGAGCGAGAAACUACCUCUUCAAACUGAGUCUCUUCAAUAUCUCGCUUAUACAGGCAACGGAAUGGGGCUCAGACGAAGACACUAGGCGGUCCUGUCGAAGCAAAGGGAAGACGGAGAUCGGGAAUCUGAGCCGGGUGAUCGACAGGGUGAAUGGGGUGGCUCGCUGCCCGUACGACCCCCGACACAACUCCACAGCGGUGGUGACAUCACAGGGGGAGCUGUACGCCGCCACCGUCAUCGACUUCUCCGGGCGAGACCCCGUCAUCUACCGCAGCCUGGGGAACAUGCCCCCGCUCCGCACGGCGCAGUACAACUCCAAAUGGCUCAACGAGCCCAACUUCAUUGCUGCCUAUGACAUGGGCUUGUUCACCUACUUCUUCCUGCGAGAGAACGCUGUGGAGCACGACUGUGGGAAGGUGGUGUACUCGCGGGUGGCGCGGGUCUGUAAGAACGACCUCGGGGGGAGGUUCCUGCUGGAGGACACAUGGACCACCUUCAUGAAGGCCAGGCUGAACUGCUCGCGCUCAGGAGAGAUUCCCUUCUACUACAACGAGCUGCAGAGCACCUUCUACCUGCCCGAGCAGGACCUCCUCUAUGGCAUCUUCACCACUAACGUUAAUAGCAUUGCUGCUUCAGCAGUUUGCUCUUUCAAUCUCAGCGCUAUAACCCAGGCGUUUAAUGGACCUUUCCGCUAUCAGGAAAACCCACGGUCCACAUGGCUGCCUACACCGAACCCCAUUCCCAACUUCCAGUGCGGCACAGUGAAUGACAACACUCCCAAUGAGAACCUGACAGAGCGCAGCCUGCAGGACGCACAGCGCUUGUUCCUCAUGAACGACGUGGUGCAGCCCGUCUCCGUGGACCCCCUCGUCACUCAGGACAACGUCCGCUUCUCCAAGCUGGUGGUGGACAUCGUCCAGGGCAGGGACACCCUGCACCACGUCAUGUACAUCGGGACCGAAUACGGCACCAUCCUGAAGGUGCUGGCUACGUCCAAUAAGAGCCUGCGGGGGUGUUUCCUGGAGGAAAUGCAGCUGCUUCCGCCGGGUCAGCGCGAACCAAUCCUGAGCCUCCAGAUCCUGCACAGCGAUAGGUCACUUUUCGUGGGCUUGAACAGGAAUGUGCUGAAGAUCCCCCUGGAAAGGUGUUCCAAUUACAAAACUGAACGCAUCUGUUUGGGUGCCCGGGAUCCAUACUGUGGCUGGGAUAGCAAGCAGAGACGCUGCACCACUAUUGAGGACAGCUCCAACAUGAGCCAGUGGAGCCAGAACAUCACAGAGUGCCCGGUGAAGAACUUAACUGCGAACGGUGCCUUUGGGCCCUGGUCACCAUGGCAACAGUGCAAGCACUAUGAUGGCGACACUACCGGGGCCUGCAUGUGCCGCUCCAGGUCAUGUGACAGCCCGCCCCCUCUCUGCGGAGGCAGUGACUGUGAGGGACCCCCCAUGGAAGUCUCCAACUGCUCCAGGAAUGGUGGCUGGACGCCAUGGUCAUCGUGGGAUCAGUGCAGCACUACAUGUGGGAUCGGCUUCCAGGUCCGGCAGCGAUCCUGCAGUAACCCCUCCCCGCGGCACGGGGGCAGAGUCUGUGUGGGGCAGAGCCGAGAGGAGAGGUUCUGCAAUGAGAAGAGUCCAUGUCCAUUGCCCAUAUUUUGGUCAUCAUGGGGAUCGUGGACCAAAUGUAGCGCAGAGUGUGGCGGAGGGAUACAUUCCAGAGUCCGGAACUGUGAAAAUGGGAACAGCUGUCCAGGGUGUGCUUUGGAGUACAAAGCCUGUAACCUGGAGUCAUGUCCGGAGGUGAGACGGAACACUCCGUGGACUCCGUGGAUGCCGGUGAACAUCACGCAGGCCGGGGCGCGGCAGGAGCAGAGGCUCCGUUACACCUGCCGAGCUCAGCUGGCCGACCCCCACGAGCUGCAGUUCGGAAAGCGCAAGGUGGAGACUCGCUUCUGCCCCAGCGACGGUUCCUCCGCUUGCGAAACUGACUCUCUGGUUGAAGAUCUGCGGAGGAGUGGCCAGUCCUUGUCUCGCAGUGCUAACGGCGGCUGGUCGAACUGGUCGGGCUGGUCCUCGUGCUCCCAGGACUGCGAGACGGGCUACAGGACCAGGAAGAGGACCUGCACCAGCCCCGAGCCCAGGAACGGGGGGCUGCCUUGCGUGGGCUCGGCCGUGGAGUACCAGGACUGCAACACCCAGCCUUGCCCUGUGACGGGAGCCUGGUCCUGCUGGUCCUCGUGGUCCCAGUGUUCUGCCACGUGUGGAGGCGGGCACUACCAGCGCACUCGCACCUGUACCAACCCAGCGCCUGCAAAUGGAGGAGACAUCUGCAUUGGGCUUCACACUGAGGAGGCUCUCUGCAACACACACCCCUGUGAAGGUGGCUGGACGGACUGGUCUGAGUGGAGCCUAUGUAAUGAGGAAGGUCUGCAGCUCCGCAGCCGGCACUGCGAGGUUCACAACCCGGGCUCCUCUCAGUGCCUCGGGAACGGCACGGAGCACAGGGAGUGCAUGUACAAUGAGAUCCCAGUGAUCCUGCCAGCAUCAAGUUUCGACAAGAACCUGCAAUGUGGAGGUUACAGUGUGGUUCACCUGAUUGCCACUGGCGUUUCCUGCUGCAUUGGUGCCAGUCUGCUGAUGUUCCUGAUCUACGCGUACUGCCAGAAGUGCCAGAAACAGACCCAGGAAUCAGCGGUGAUCCACCCGAGCACGCCCAACCACCUGAACUACAAGGGGAACACCACGCCAAAGAAUGAGAAGUACACGCCCAUGGAGUUUAAGACUCUGAACAAGAACAAUUUGAUUCCAGAUGACAGGUCUAACUUUUACCCCUCCCCUUUGCAACAAACCAACGUUUACACGACCACCUAUUACCCAGCGACUGUGAAUAAAUACGACUACAAGCCCGAGUCCUCUCCCUACACCAACAGCUGAGAGCGUUACCCCCCCUGCUGCGCACUGGAUCUUUACAUUUCUAUCAUUUCAUUUAACACAUAUAAAUACGACUACAAGCCCGAGUCCUCUCCCUACACCAACAGCUGAGAGCGCUACACCCCCUGCUGCGCACUGGAUCUUUACAUUUCUAUCAUUUCAUUUAACACAUCCACUUCUUCAUGAGGGCUUGUGGGGCUGCAUUUUAAUGUACCUCCUUCAUUGGGACAGGAGUGCUCAAGGCUGUAUGGAACUGUACAAACAGACUAUAGCCUGGACAAAUGGAUACAGGAACAAUAUAUUACACUUGUGGACUUCUCAAUUUGAAGAUGGUACUUUUCGUGAAUAAUGUUCCCCUUCUGUCAAAGAAAACAAAAUGCAUGAAUAUUGGACUGCUCUGACAGCCCUGGAGGAGCUGCUGCUUCUUUUUAUUAAAACUUUCAGGAUGGCUGUUGGACUGAAGAUGGGAGCCGUCCGCUCCUGAGUUAAGGGUUAUAUUGACUUAUUUUAGAGGCCUUGAAACAGCAGCAGCUUGGAAGCCUUUUCCAUGCCCUGCCCGGGGCUUUCCCACCAGGUUAACCCUGCUUGCUCACUGCAGUGUGAUUUUGAGUGUAAAGAAGAAUUGCCAUUGCUCAAUAAUAAAGCUAAUCAAAAAAAGUUGAAUGGUUUUCAAUGCCACGGUAUUUGCCAAAAAAGCCUCAACUUUGACCCUUUGUAUUAUAUUCUUUCGAGCUGCGUGCGUGUCCCCGGUUCCUCUUUCUAAUAGCCUUCUCCAAACACAAUAGAUUUGAUUGCUUAGAGCUCGUUGUGUUUCUAAGGCAAGGAGGAAAGGGUUGCUGUUCCAGACACAUCGUUCCAGGUGGAAUCUCUUGAGCUGGUUAAUGCUGUCUUCUGAAGAGCCAGUGAAGCUCGGUUUGUGUAAUUAAGGUUAAACCUUUUUUUUUUUUUUUAUUCCUGCAAUGUCAACCUAAACUUGACUCGGUCGUGUGAAUUCUAAUUCCUAAUUGUGGUUUUGUGUGUGAACAGAUUAUGCAGUUUUCAUAAUUCAGAAUUAUUGCAGUGGUAAAUGUGGGAGACUUGACAUUAUGAAGGGGGAACAGUAUGCAAUUAAUCAGACUGAAAUAAUAUGCUACAGUGAUUGCAAACAUGAUUUGAAUUAAUGAAAACAAAUGUGUAAUCAAGUGGGCUGAAUGCUGAACCAGUGGAAGCUGCAGAUGUGGGAAGUGAUUAGAGGGACAGGGGUUGAGGAGAAGAUGUACGCCACUACAGAACACACAGUGAGAUGUACACGCCACGGUACGACCCUCUGUGAACCUCAAACUAAAAGGGAAUAAUGCGCCUCCAGUUCCCAACAGUCUCAACUGCGCUCUUAUAUGAACUAUUCAUGCACUACAUUCGGCCAUAAUGUGUGUCAAAAACAGCAUUGAAAGCAGUACAUGGCUUUUAAACAAACACUCUGUGUACAGUGAGUUAGCUUCAUUUUAUUAGGGCAUUUCCAGGUUUUAGUUUUUUAAAAAUGUUUUAAUGCCUGGUGACUGAGCACGGCACUGGUUACCAUGGUAACCUCACCUUGCCAUUGCAUUUGUACAUAGGAGGAACUGUUCACUGACAACAUAAUGACAUUGAUAUAAUUAGUCUAAUGUAGAUGUGUGUUGUAUAGUUAACACUGUUUUAAAUGCCUUAUAGUUGUACAAAGUGCAGAAGUUGUGUAAAUACCAACCACAGAGAUUGUAAAUGGAGUUCAGCAGUACUGCUUGUGUGAGAAUAUUCAGGUUCAAUGUACUUCAGUGGUCUGGCUGCUCUCCUUCUCCAAUAUGACAAACUCCUAUCGGAUGUGAGGGAUGCAAUUCCUCAUUAUAAAUCAGUGGGGGUUUUUUAUUAUUAUUUUAAUGUGUGAUGUUUUGUUUUAAAUAUGAGAAAUUAAAACGACUUUUUAUUCUCCCUUUGUUACACUGAACAAUCACUUGACUUGCGCUGGACUGCGCGGUCACUGUUAUUGCACAGUGCAUGUCCAAAUGCUCAUUUUCAGCAGAACCGACAUUUUAAGGAUCUUCCAGUAAAAGCUUAUCUUAUUUCUUUGUAACUUGUUUCUUUAGCAUCACAUAUCCGUACAGCCCCUUUGUUUGUUAUAAUUGGGAAGCCAGGGCUAGACAUUUAAAAUAAAUAAUUGGGUUGUACUAUCACUCCGUCACCUGUGUGUCUGGUUCCUGGGGUAUACCAUGACUCUCACUCCCUUGCUGUGUUAAUAGAAAGAUGAUACAUUACACAACAGAUCCGUGGUUCUCACUGCAGUAGCAUUGCUGAACUCCAUACUGAAGGCCCUGUGCCUCCUAUGCAAUUGAUUUGGUGGUAGUGCUUGAUAAUAAUAUAAUGUGAUCUAGACAGUAAUCACUGCCUUUUAGACACUGUGAAUUUUUUUGGUACUCUAUAUUUUUGUAUAUUGUACAUUGUAAAGAAUAAUAAAACAGAACCUUGAUGCCAGCUGAAGUACGUAUGGUGUUCUUACCA